GGAAUCUACCAAGUCAGUAUGUCAGUCAGUUGACAGCCUGCCAGAAUGUCACGUCUCUAUUACAUUCUAGCUGCAAUAAUUGCUUUAAAAAUGGUUCUAUGUGCUUCGCAAAACUAUAAAGAUAAUACUAACAAGUCCCCAUCAAAGGCAGCCACAUUUCAUUUUCCUGAAUACGCGUACAAAGAAACAAGCAAAAAUGAAAUCAUCUAUCAUGACUUUGAGCUAGCCUGUAGCCAGAACUCGCUGUGCGGCAAUAAUCCAUCAAUGGUCUCCAAGCUGAACUGCUUAAGGAAAUGCAUAUCACACUCGUGCUACCAAGAUAUCUAUGCCUUCGAUGAGCUGGAAGAUGGUGAAAUUGAUGUCAGGAUGAAUUCGUUCAAGGGCUGCGUUAUACAGCGCAUGUAGCAUAAGGCGCCCAUCCUGCAUAGGCUGUAUUUCACAAACUAUCUGCAGGAGCUGCACUGGAAGAUAUCCCAGUAUAUUUUAAAAUGGAUAUAAGCUAGCUAGUACAGCUGUUUUUAGUUACGUUUUACCUUUAGUUUAUGUACAUCAAUUGAAAUGUGAAAAGAUGUGAGCUUUUAGUUAGUAAUUAAUGUAAGUAAAGCAAACAGAUCUAUGUCUGUUUAUGCAUUUGAAAAUAAUCUAGUCUAAAUAUAGCAUGCUAAGUAUCUCACAUAAGUCAUUAAAUGCAUUAGCUUCGUAAACCACUAUUUAAUAAGAAUAUAUUUACUUUGGCAUAUGCCAAGUCACGAAA